GUGAAGACCUCGAGGAAGCUCCCCUUGGUCUGUUUUGGGCAAUCAACGUCUUGAUCCUUUGCAGCCUCGCGUGUGGAGUCCUUGUGAUGUCCAGCUUUGCUGCUCAAGUCUUCCGUGACGACACGAUGACCGAGGCCACCGAGGCCACCGAGGAGGUGAUAUCCCCGGAAGUGGCAGAGCUAGUGGAGACAGCAUCGGGACUCUCGAGGAUGGUAAGGCUCCUGGCCCGCAUCAUGGUAGUGGCUCUUGUGUCGUUUACAUCCGGAAUGGGACUUCGCAUCAUUCAUCCACUUCAGUCUGCCAUGCUCUGUGGCUUAUGA